UUUUUUGUUUCUUUCUUCUCAUCAUUUUAUUUUUUUCCCCCUAUUUUUCGCUGACAAGCCAUGCCACAAGUUCGUGUCGUCUCUUUGGAGCAAGUUGCUACCAUUCUCCAAGAGAUAGAUAUUGAAAAUAUCCUUGUCAGUCAAGCAAAGGCUUUCAACGCUUAUACAGCAAAGCAAACUCAGACACCUCAGAGAUCCACUCUUAAUACUGAUGCUCAUACAACGCUCAUCAUGCCUUCACGCAUCAAUACUCAAACUUCAGUCAUUAAAGUCGUCUCUGUCCCAAAGAAAGAUACCAAGAAUGGUCUUCCAGGUGUCACCCUCGUCCUCAACAAUGACACUGGUGAGCCCCGAGGCCUCAUUAAUGCACGUCUUCUCACAGCAGUCAGGACCGCCGCAGGGUCAGCUCUGGCGACACGAGCUAUUUUUCAUAAUAACAACAGGAAUAACAAUAGAAACCUCACACUCGUUGUCUUCGGAGCAGGAGCUCAAGCCAAGGCGCACAUCCAGUUGCUCAUCCAUGUCUUACCCCAGAUUCAUAACGUCAUUGUCUGCAACCGUACACUCCCACGCGCUCUCGAAUUGAUCAAAGAACUUCAGCCUCAGUAUCUUGACGGAGAUGUGAAGAUGAUUGCAUUCAGUAUCAGCACAGGUGAAUCUUCUACAACUGGACCUGAACAACAACAACAACAACAACAGCAUCAGCAACAAUCUAAAGAAGAUGAAUUCAAGAAGAUCAUUCAGAACGCCCACGUUAUCUGCACAUGCACUAAUAGCACAGAGGCUUUAUUCCCAGGAGAAUGGGUCACACCUGGAACACAUAUCAAUAUGGUCGGAUCAUUCAAGCCAGAGAUGCACGAAGUGGAUCAGACUUUGAUUAAAAGAGCUCAUGUCCUGGUCGAUGCACAAGCAGAGUGUGAGCAUGAGGCCGGAGAAUUGAUCCUGGCAAAGAAAUUGACAGGACAGAAUGGAGUUUUAACAGAACUGGGAGAGAUAUUUGGAAAGGAUGGACAAUUGAACAAAGCAACUUUCCCAAAAGAAUUCAGCACAUUGACGUCAUCACCAACGGCCGAUCCGAAUAGAGAGUAUUCCAAAGAUGUAUCGAUCUUUAAGAGUGUAGGCAUUGCUGCACAGGAUGUCGCCAUCACUUCUUUAGUGCUAGACUAUGCAGAAGCAAAGAAUAUCGGUUCUACAGUUGACAUGUAAAUAAAUAUAUAGAAUGCUUCUUUCCCUUCUGUGAAAAUGAAUAAGG